GACCUUGACCAAUUGAAUACACCAUAUCUACCAGAUGAAUACUAUGAAAAAGAAUUAUUUAACACAGAAGAUAUACUUAGGCAACAACAAACUCACAAUAUCAAGCUUGACAUUCAAGCAACAUUAAAAACAUUAAUAAAUAGAAUUAGUCCAACUAAUAAUCACAGACUAGGAUUAGUAUUAAUACU